CUCGCUGCCGGCAGGGCUGCGGGGCAGGACCCGCCGCCGAGCAUCCUCCGGCCGCGGGGCCUCGCUACGCUCCCCGCCGGAGCAGGAGGCGGUGACAGGUGCCCCAGCCCGGGACCUUCCGGAGCGCCCGCCCGGCAGCGGCCCCGCAGCUCGGGCGUAGCGGAUCUCUCCCUCUCCGCUCCCGUCCGUCAGUCGGGGGUCGAGGGCUGGCGGCGGCGGCGGCAGGACGCCGUCGGUCUCCUGCUUGCCCCCUCACCACCGAACCGAAGGGGACACCUAAAAGUCGCGGGAGAAGAUUAUGGCAAUGUGAGUGAGCAGCGGAGCCGCCUGGCCGGAGCGCCCCUGUACCCCGGCGGAGCGGAGCGCGGAGCUGCGGGGCUGCCCCAGCCCGAGCGCUGUUCGCGGCGGUCUCCGAGCGGAGCGGCCUCCAGCCCUGGCCCAGCUCAACAUUCUCUACUUGGAGGCUCUUUCUUUUCCUUUUGACGAUAAAGAUGAAAAGAAAGUGGAUAUUGGAGGAUUUUAAUUUUAUCUUUUUUGGUGUGCUCUGCCUCCUUUUCAUAGAUGGAGGUAAACUAGAACAAAUAAAACAUUCAGAUACAUACUGUGUGUUCCAAGAUAAGAAGUACCGUGUAGGAGAAAGAUGGCAUCCUUAUCUAGAACCCUAUGGCCUUGUUUACUGCGUUAAUUGUCUUUGCUCAGAGAAUGGAAAUGUUUUGUGCAGCAGAAUAAGAUGCCCAAGUCUACACUGUGCUUCCCCUGUGCAUGUACCACAGCUGUGCUGCCCACGAUGCCCAGAAGACUCCCUUUUCUCAGUAAGCAGCAAAAUCACUGGGAAAUCCUGUGAAUACAAUGGCACCACCUACCACCAUGGCGAAAUGUUUGUGGCUGAGGGCCUUUUCCAAAACAGGCAAGCAAACCAGUGUGCCCAGUGCAGCUGCUCAGAAGGAAAUGUGUACUGUGGAUUGAAGACCUGUCCCAAAUUAACUUGCUCUUUCCCAGUUUCUGUUCCGGAGUCCUGCUGUCCAGUUUGCAGAGGAGAUGGAGAAUUAUCAUGGGAACAUUCUGACGGAGACAUCUUCCGGCAGCCAGCCAACAGGGAAGCUAGACACUCAUACCAUCGCUCCCAUUAUGACCUGUCACCCAGCUCUGCCAGGCAGGUAGUCAACAUUCCACGAUUUGCCAAUGCCAGGAGUAACCGUGGAGUCCUAACGGAUCCCCAGCAGGCCUCAGGAACAAUAGUACAAAUCGUCAUCAACAGCAAGCAUAAGCAUGGACGAGUUUGUGUUUCAAAUGGCAAAACAUACUCACAUGGUGAAUCUUGGCAUCCCAAUCUCCGGGCCUUUGGAAUUGUAGAGUGUGUGUUGUGCACCUGCAACAUCACCAAACAAGAAUGUAAGAAAAUUCACUGUCCAGAACAAUAUCCCUGCAAAUACCCUCAGAAAGUAGAAGGAAAAUGCUGUAAAGUUUGUCCAGAAGAAGUGCCAAGUCAAACCUUUGACAACAAGGAUUACUUCUGUGGGAAAGAGACAUUUCCUGUCUAUGAAUCCAUUUUCACAGAGGAAGGAGAAACCAUCAGGAAAAUUGCAAUAGAGAUUGAAAAGCCACCUCAAAUAGAAAUACAUGUGUGGACAAUUAGAAUAGGGAUUCUGCGUCACUUCUAUGUUGAAAAACUGUCCAAGAGAGAAUUUGAAGAACUUCCUUACUUCAAGUUGAUAACAAGAACAACCCUUAGCCAGUGGAAAAUAUUUAGCGAGGGAGAAGCUCAGAUCAGCCAAAUGUGUGAAAGCAGAGUGUGCAGGACUGAGCUCGAGGAUUUGGUAAAGGUUUUGUACCUUGAAAAGUCUGAAAAGGGUCACUGUUAAGGGAGACAGCACUGGAGGGAGAAACAUAAGAAAACUUAUGAAAACUUGGAUCUGCAGCUGGACUGCAGGCUUAUUUUGCUUAAGUCAACAGUUGCCCUAAACCCCAAAACUAUAAUGCAGUAAUUAUUCACAUCAUGCACAGCAAAUUUGCUGCUUUAUGUGUAGUGGCCUGUGUCAACCGUUCAAAUAUCUCCUCCAAAAGACUAGAAGGCUCUGUGUUACUGAUGAGGGAAGGAGAAAGAGAGACUGUGCUUUCCCAGAGUUGCAUUUCUUUACAAGUUAAAAAGAGAAAACAGAACAUUUUUACUAUUAUUAUUUGGCAAGUUAUUCAAACUAAUGAAAAGAAGGACACCUAAUAAAUGUGCAGGAGCUAUGGAGAACAUUUUAUCCUGUGCUGAAUUUAUACCAUUUCUAAUGUUGAAAUGACUCAUGGAUUUCUUGUAGUAAUGGAGGAAAAAUACAAGUGAUACAAUACUCAUGUUGGAGACAUAAAAACCAGAUUUAAACUAACAAACUCUUUAGCAGCCUGCCUUUGGGAUGAUGUCUUGUAGUUGAGCAAACAAAGUCCAUAAUCUGAACAGCAGGUGUUAGUGGCAAUCACUAUAUUUUUGUAGCAAUUGGAGCAAAUGUUCACUUUUAAGUGGUUUUCACUCUUUCCUCCACCCACUUCUCUAAAAGUGUUAGCUCCCUAUCACAGCCCUAAUAACUUCAUUCUUCUGGGUCCUAUUUACACAUGCUCUUGGCUGGUAAACCACCUUCUAAAGUGACGUGGCAGAAGGUAGUGAAGUACUUGCAGUGUUUUCAAAACACCUAAAGCAUUAAAACUCACAAUUCAUAAUGCCUUAAAAGUUGUGACAGAACUUAAUUUAUUUGUUCUGAUUUGUUACAAACAUAAUCUGCAUUUUUCUGAGAGUGGCCUCUCAAUUCUCAUGUUUCAAGGACAGCUCUCUCCCAUGACAAACACCAAACAGCUAUAGGCUUCUAGAGCACAACAAGCAACUGCUUGUUGUGACAACUGUUAUCUUUGGGGAAAAAAACCAAAUCUAAGCAGUUCUGUUAAAUUUAGUAUAGCAUAUCUACAGUGUGUUUAAGACAGGUGACUCUCAUCUGCAGAACAAUUGUAACAAUUUAAAAACUGUUUUCACCAAAAUCCUGUACUGCCCUGUGGCUGCAAUGUUGGAUUAAAUCUCAAGAUGCAAGUGACUCUGCCUGCUUUUGCUCCCAUUUUCUACUCCAAAAGCAGACAGGAAUACUGCUGUUUAAACACAUGCUAGGAAACAAAGCUUUAUGGAAAUGGCCUGGACCAGGGGCUGGGGCUUCACAGGGAGUGAAAUCAACAGUGACAGCAAGGAUUUUGAGGUUUGUCAUUCUGCCAGUGACAGUAGUCUAGGGUGUCCACAUUCCUAAAGGGAUGAAGUUGUGGGAGAGGUUGGUAUUGAAUGCCAAAAGCCUAUUCAGGCAGAGCUUCACCAUCGUGAGGGGAUCCUUGGCUUGGGCAGCAGACCCUGGCAGUCUCCAUCAGCAGUGCAGGCCUCAUGACCUGGCUUCUCCAUGGCACCCAGGUCCUGCCUGUGCUGCCUGAGCCUCGGGACGAGUGGGAUGCAGGGCUUCUCAACGAAGAGGAGCAAGUGAGGAGAACAGACAUGAAGGUGAAGGAAAGUCUGAAGGGAAUUAGGAGAAAACAUACAGGGUGAUCUCAGGACCACCCUGCUGUCCCUAGGCCUGGACAGAGAGCAGAUAAUAUUUGAGCAUACUGGCCAUUUGAAAGCACAGCAAGUUGAAACGCAGGAACACCUGGCUAAGAGAAGUGCUCUAUCACUGUUCAUUAAAAAGAGAGCUAAGUGAACUGUCCCGCCACAUUUCCUGGGCACUGUAGCUUCCAUAAGUCCUGUCCUGGUGUUGGAAAGGGGUGUAGCAAAUCCAAACCAAGGCCCUAAGACCUCACUGCACCAGAGCUGCAGUGUAACUGUAGAAGAAGCAGUUUGGCAUGAGCAUCACUGAUUGCACAUGGCAUCUAAUGGGUUGAAAUGUGCUGCAAAACUGUAAAAUUUUAUUAUAAAUCUUUAGGAAGAGGUUCUGAGGAACUGUAGUGUUCUGGUGAGAAGACCAGCAGUUGAUUUCUCACCUAACAGGCAUUGUCUGUUUGUAGAAGUAGCUGGUGAAAAAAGACUAAGUGGAAAGUGUACAGUGUUUGUAAUUUUUUUUACAAAGAAGGCAACCUGUUUUUUGUAUUUGUGACAGGACUGGUGGAAUCCAGAUUGUGUAUUUAUUUUAUAAUAAACACUCCUUAAGAAAAGCAAAGAACAAUCAUAAGCAUCAUUUAAUAAAAUGCAGUGUUGUGUUUUUCAGUUUCUGGUCACUAAAGACAACGAAAUACACAGUGUCAUGUUUUGCAUUCUCUUCAUGAGAUGUAUGUCUGUUAUGGUACUUAUUUAUGUACUUGUAUCACUUUGACCUGGUUUGAUAAAUUAAUAAACUCUGAAGUUGAUAAUAAAAUACAGUGGUUUUCA